AAAAUGGUCGUAACCACCAGAAUAAAAAUUGCGCUUCUGCUAUGUUUGGUGCUUGCAAUAGCAAUCACGAACGCAGGUAUUAGCGGCAGCAAAGGAAAAGUGGCCCAUCAUCAUAUCCCGCACAAGCUACAAGGCAAUAUACGAGGAAGGGAUCUACGAGUGGUCACAGGACAUUUUCCACCUUACAUUUCCAUUUUGCGGAACUCUUCUGGCCACAUUACUGACUAUUCCGACUACAUGUACCAACAUUUGCAGUACCUGUCUCAGAAGUUGGAGUUCACUUACACAAUAUUCCCUGUGGCUGAAAGCAUCCAUAACGGAGUCAAGUCUAGGGAAAUUUGGAGUGGCGUCAUUGGAACAAUCACCAGCCUCAAAGCGGAUAUUGGGUUAGUGCCGGCUACCGUUUCACUGGAGCGGUACGAAUCCAUUGAAUUCUGCGGAUUUUUGGUUGGUGACAAUACCGGGAUUCUUGUCAAAUAUCCUGCCACUAAUAUUUCAUUUACCAGCGCUUUCGACGUGUUUUCAAUCGAGGUAUGGAUGUGGGGCAUAAUUUCAGGAAUAGCAAUUGCUACCAUUUGUCGCAUUUUUUCUUACGUAACCAAACGCUUGCGUAUUAACGUUGAUGAAAAUAAGCCCGAGAUAAGAGCUGGGACUAUAAUGAUGUAUUUUUUUGGAAACACGUUUUCUCAGGGGAAUUAUUUUCCGUGCCAACAACCAUCGCAGAAACUCCUCGUUGCGACCUGGUGUUUCGUAACUUUCGUCUUCGUCAACACUUACAAUUCGACUCUGACGUCUUACAUGUCGGUGACUUAUCAAAGACCCGAAGUCAAUUCCUUUCGCGAUUUGGCUCUUGCCACAAAGUACAAGGCCACUGUAUUAACCGGAUCCAUUCAAGAUAUAGAUUUGCGGGUUAUCAUGAAGCGACCCCGGAAAAGUUAUUUAAAAAUUGUCGCUGACAGAAUCGACCAAUGUUUAUCGGACUGCAGAAAAUUCUCCUUCGAGGAACUGGCCGUUUCGGUUUUAGAGGAAGAGAACUGCGUUUCGUUAAUACCCUGGGCUGCUGGCAUCGCUAGUCUGAAGAAGUUCAAUGCCAAAAAUUGUCGUCUGGCUAUGGCGUUCGAGUCAACUUCGUGGAAGCCAAUGUUCUUGGCUGUUCCCAAAUCGAGUCCCUACAAAGAAGAAAUCAACCGAGCGUCAUUCAUGUUCUUUGACACUGGACUGCGGGACUAUUGGUUAAAAGCGUAUGCAAAACCGCCCGCACAGUGUCGACACAAAUUUGAAAAUAAUAUGAAACAAAAUAAAAUUUCUUUAAGACUAUUUCAUGAUUUACUAAAAAGUUAA